AUGAUUACAGGUGGUUCUUCCGGAGGCCGUACUCGCCCUCCACCUUUUGGUGGACGUUCACCACAAUCUUCUUUUGAUUCAAAUGGAGAUGUCGGACAAAUUUCGGUGAAUUUAAUGCUCGUCAAUGGUGGCAUUACACCGUUCAAGUCACUUCUCACAUCUUAUAAUUCACCAGCUGCGGGUCUAAAGAGUUCCUCGUCCACACAUUUGUGUCGAGUUGCUAGUUUAAAGAAACAAUCAAACACCUUACAUCAUACGUAUGAUAUUAAUCGUUGGAAAGGUAGUGGAACAAAAUUGGCCAGUGAGGCACCUGCUCUUGCUAUUGAAGUUGAUGCACCACGUGCACCAGACUUAAACCAAACUAUUAAUUAUUUUGUUGCUUAA